UUCUUGGUUCGGGCCUGUUCGUACUUUAUUUACCUUUUUAAUAACAAUCACUGUUGUUAUUUAUUGUUUCUACUACUUCUUCAAAAACUAGCGUUUUUGUUGUUGUCAUUGAAAACUUAUCUGCUUAGAAGACUGCUGUCAAGAACAUAUUAGGACCACUCUGUCGAAAACUCUAGUUCAACAUGGCUUGGUCGGGAAGCAUAAACUGGGAUUCAGAGCACGAGACAACUAUCAGAAAUACUCAAGGAACUCUUGCAAGAGCUUCACAGAGCAUUGCACGGUCUACUCAAAUUGCUGUGGAAACUGAACAAAUCGGAACGGAAGUUGUUGGCAAACUUGGCCAACAACGUGAAACACUCUUGCGAGCUCGUCAGAGAGUAGCAGACACUGAUGCAGAACUUAACAGAGCUGAUGCCAUUAUGCGAAAAAUGGCUUGUGCAGUUGUAUCUAACAAGUUGAUUUUGAUUCUUAUCAUUCUUAUGGAGGCUGCUAUACUUGCAGCUCUUGUUUAUUUGAAAUUCUUUAAGAAGUCAGACUAAGUUGUUUUACUUGAGGUUUGUUUCUGGUAAUUUCCUGUUUUUAGGUGGACCCACAAUAGCUACCGUCAGUUUUCUGUCAGCUCAUUUCAUUCCACUACACAUAACUCUUCUGCAGCGCUUACGCAGAGGAGCGGAAGUGAAGUGUAGGGAAGUGAGCUUAUGGGAGCUACGGUAGGACCACCUUUCUACUGGAUAAAAGUCAGCACAUUCAUUUAAGUUAUCAAUGAAACGCUUUGCUAUCUUCCAUUGAGACUGGAAAGUGUAUUCAUAUCACACUUUCUCUUUGCCUUAUUCUUUCCGCAUCAGCCCUACUUGGUAGUCUACUUCAGAUUGGAAGAAUGAAGGGGUCUGUGAUCAUGCUGUGAUAAUAUUCAGUGACAUUGUAGAAAUAUAUUUAUACAAAUGACCGUAA